AUGGAGGCUUCGAGUGCAGAAACUCCUUUCAAUGCCAUUGCACCUCCUGUGUUCAAUGGAGAAAAUUAUCAAGUUUGGGCAAUCGGAAUGGAGGCUUACCUGGAUGCAAAUGAUCUUUGGGAGGCUGUUGAGGAAGACUACCAAGUGCUUCCACUACCCGACAAUCCUACAGUGGCUCAAAUGAAGAAUUUCAAAGAAAGGAAGGCAAGGAAGUCCAAGGCCAAAUGCUGUUUGUUUCCUGCAGUUUCAUCUUCAAUUUUCACUAGAAUCAUGACCUUGAAAACAGCCUUUGAUAUAUGGAACUAUCUCAAGAAGGAGUACGAGGGAAAUGAGAAGAUUAAAGGAAUGCAAGUGUUGAAUCUGGUUAGAGAAUUUGAGAUGCAGAAAAUGAAGGAAUCUGAAACUAUUAGAAAUAGUUCAAAAAUUCUUAUUACUGUCCCGGAAAGAUUUGAAGCUACCAUCUCUUCUUUGGAAAAUACUAAGGAUCUGUCAAAGAUUGGCUUGGCAGAAUUGAUACAUGCUUUGCAGGCUCAAGAACAGAGAAGGCUUAUAAGAAGUGAAGGUUCUGUUGAAGGAGCAUUGGCUGCAAAGGUGCAAACAAAUCAAGGAGGGAAAGGGAAGUACAAAGGAAACAAGAAGGAGGGUUCAGAUUCAACAAAGUCUGACUUUCCUCCUUGUAAGCACUACAACAAAAAGGGUCAUCCACCAUCGAAAUGUUGGAGGAGACCUGAUGUGAAAUAUGAGAAGUGCUAG